AUGCUUAGAAUCAUUUUGGCAUUCUCCAUAAUAUUUUAGUCUCUCUGCACAAAAUCAAUCCUCAUCCUAAGACAUGGAGCUCGAGAUCCCCAAGUUUGGACUGAAUUCGAUCAACUCUAUCUGUGGACUAAUCCCAUUAAAAUCUUAACUCAGAAAGGAGUCGAUUAAUUGAUAGAGGUUGGCACUUAAUAAUAAAGAUAAUCAAUUUUUGACUCUUAAGGCAAUUGCAUUUAUGAGAUGUUAGAGAUUCAAUCAUCAAAAACAGCUAGGUGUACUUCUUCCACUGUUUGUUUCAUAAUUGGAUUGUGUCCUAAAAACUACAAAGAAAUUCUACAUAGAUUUUUUAGCGAAUAUUACUCAAACAGGGUCUUGAGUUAAAAGAAGUUUUAAAAAAUUUUAGAAUCUGAUUUCUCGGAUCCCUUGUCUCUCGAUUACGAUAUAUUUGAUACCACAGGAGAUUUCAUGUUCCAAGGUCAUAAAACAAAACAGUGUCCCAAUUUAAAACCAAUUAAUAGCAAUGUUCAAAAUAGCAAACAAUACAAAAACAAAGAAAAAGAAUUUAAACAAAUGGAUUAACUAAACGGAGUGUAUGAAAUUAUGGUAAAAGCCUAUCCUAGUAAAACUAUUGAUAAAAGUGCACUUACCUUAACUGAUGUUGAUGAUAUUUAUGAUGAUACAUUUUGCAAUUAAUUUGAAGGAUUCCUCUUUCCCAAUCCCUCAUUGUCUACCUAUAAUUACAUGGGAGAUGUUGUUAAGUUCCUCAAAUACUUUGGACAAAAUUCAGAGAUGUUUCAGCAUUAAGCCUCUCUUACAGAGCCAUUUAAAUGGAUCAUUUCAUAAUUUUACUCUCAAGAAUAGUUUAGUGUCUAUAUUGGUACUGAAUCCAACUAAUUUGCUAUGCUUUCAGUUUUAGUUGACGAGCAGUAUCUAACACCAUUUGCCUCAGAAUUGGAAUUUAUUAUAAAAGGGAAUAUGGUUUAUAUCUACUUCAACAAAGUCUAACUGAAAACCAAAAUGUGUGAAAGUGGUUAUUACUGCACCAUUGAUUAGGUUGUUCAAUUCAUGCAUUAAUACAUUGUUCAGGACGUUAGAUAACUAUGUGGACUUUGA